AUGCGAGUGGGACUUCAACUCGGGGGCUCUUACCGUGAGCAGCAGGCUCAAACAGUUUGGGGCCGGAGUCAAUUGAGAGCCGUGAAGCUCGCCGAGGUCUUCGCGACGCUGAGGUUCAGGGACUGGGCGUCCGGAGCAGGUUUCGUCGACGGUCCGGAUCAAAAAUGCGUUUUGGAGCCGUUCUGGGUGCAACGGCUCGACGUGGAAUUGGGUUCAGUGAAGUCCAAGGUUGCCAUUACCUCGGUUCCGUGGGUUGUCUCGGAUGCUCCCGCAGCCCCUGCCCACGAGCAGCGUAUGGCGGCCCUGCGGCCGGCGCCUGGGCCUGCUCCGCAGCUGAUCGACCCGGCGGCCCGGCAGAGGGCGGUCGCGGGCGCGGCGUCGGGCUCGCAGGCCAGGGCCGCGGCCGCGGGCGCCGCCCUGGGCGAGGCGGCCGCCAUGAACGCGCGAGCGAGCGAGCGGGGUGAGAGGCUCGGAUCACUGGGCGACAAGUCGUCGAAGAUGGCCGACGACGCCAAGGACUUUCUCGAGAUGGCCAAGCAGCUGAACGCGAAGCAGUCCAACCGGUGGUUCUGAGCGGUCGAUGGCCACGGCAGCGACCACAACCCCAGACCUCUGACGUCGUGCUCCGAACACUGACCCUCCGCCGUCGCCUCCCCCGCGGCGCGCUCGGGGCGCCGCGAGGGCCCGCCGGGGCACGCGCGAGAGCCGCGGGCCUGCGGGCGCGCCCCCGCGCCUUCCGGGCGGCCGAGCCCCGCACGCCGUGCCGAGGUUCUCUGCGGCGGGCGACCUGGGUGGGCGCCCCCUUCGUCUGGGUCGCCGCGGACAGCGCGGGCGCGGGCUGGAGGGCGCUCCUGGA